AUGCUUGCAGUUUGGAAUCCGUUUUUAAGACGAGUCAAAUGGAUCAACUCGAACCCUAACAGCAAAUUUGAUCGUUUCGGUUUUGGAUACGACAGUGUAUCCCGUGACAACUACAAGAUCUUGAGGAUCAGAGGCUGGCUUGAUAUCAAAGGCAAAUUAGAGAUUGAUAUAUAUGAGUUUAGGUCUAAACUCUGGAGAAGUGUUGAUGCUAGUCUCGAUCCGUGUGCAGAGCUUUGGUAUGCACCGUCUAACGCUUUGUCUAUGGAUGGAAACAUGUACUGGAUUGCUUAUAGGAAAAAGGAUAACUCCAAAACAAUCGCAAGUUUCGAUUUCUCCAGAGAGACAUUCAAAGACAUAGGCUGUUGUGUUCCCUUUGAUGAAGCGGUCUUGUCAGGUUUCGAAAGAGAUAGGCUUUCUUUAUUACAUUAUCAAAGUGGUGUGAAGAUUGAGGUGUGGGUUACAAACAAGGUGACUGAUGUGGUUGUUUCGUGGAGUAAGUAUUUUAACGUGACUCGCCCUGACCUCCCGAGAUUUGUUUCAAGUCCUUGCGAGUUUCCGACAUACUUCAUCGACCACAAGACUAAUAGUAUCAUGGUAUGGUACGGGCACUUGCUAUUAGAUGAAUAUAUUAAAUGCAUUCUCUAUACCGUUUACAAAAUGUGUGACGGUGAGAUCAUCAGAGAACAAGUCGUGCCAGGACGACGUACAGGGCCGGCCCUGUGGGCAGCGAUAAGAAACAAAUGUUUUGGCCCCACCUUUUUUUAG